CACUCCCAUUACAAGGUGCAUCCUUUCCUAUAUUCCUUAUCACAGGUGCACACAGGGAGUCCAGCAAGACCAGAGCAAUCCUAUAGCAUCUUGGCACACAAUGGCAGAAAAACCCUUGACAGACUGGGACAGUGGUCUUUGUGACUGCUUUGAGGAUGCACGUACUUGUUGCUAUGGUUUCUGGUGCGGCCCCUGCCUCGCCUGCACUGUUUCAGGAAGAUUUGGAGAGAACAGCUGUCUCCCCUUAUGUGACAUACUUGGUUCUGCUGUAUUAGCAGCCUUUGGGAUACCUGUUUGUGUUCCUCCAGCAGUUUUGUCUGUAAGGGCUGCCAUGCGAAACAGAUAUGGCAUCAAGGGCUCUCUCUGUAAGGACAUUGCAGUUUCCUGUUUCUGCGCCUCAUGCUCCUGGUGUCAGAUGCAUCGUGAGUUAAAGCAUCGCAAGAAAACCCCGAUUGUAAUCACUAUAGAGAACAACACCGUUUACAACAUGCAGCCUGUUCCAGUUGCCCAGCUACCAGUAGAGAUGGUGUCUGCACAACCACCCACAGCUGGUUUUGUUGCUUAA